AUGAAUUUUACAAAAUACAUUUAUCCAGAAGUGAAAAGUUGGGAAAGAUUAUUUGUUAAACAUUUGUGGUUACAAAAACGUACCACUACAUCAGCAACAAUGUGUUAUAGAAAUUGUUUUAAUAGUAAUAAUAAUAAUAAUUUAGUUAUGUAUAUUAUUUAUACUUUAGUGUUGUUAAAUCUUUGUAAAUAUUCUGUUGCAUCAAUUAUUAUGGGUGAUAGCUGUGAUUGGUCUGGAAGUGGCUUAGAUGCAGAAUCAGAAGAUGGUAAAGCUGGAGUCACGCCAAUAUAUUUAAGGUGUACGGGUGGUGAAGUGAAUUGGAUCUAUCCACGAGGUGCAUUAAGAAUAUUGUUAAGGUUACCAGCUGGUGAUAAUCGUGAAUUUAAAGCCUGUAUAAAAUUACGUGGUGAUAAAGAUAUUGCUCGAAUAUUUUUGGAAGGGCAACGAUCUUUACAUUCGUUACAAUUAGAACCAGGAUCUAAUCAAAUAAGAUGCUUUCAAAGUCGAAAUAAUCAAGCAGCAUUAUAUGUGGAGUCAACCGAUUUACAUGGUUUGAAGAAACAUGUUAUCGAAUUGGAAUACGAUUUACAACCGCUACCCGAAGGUGUUACACAUUAUGAUCCAUACGAAGAAUGUCGACCAUGUAGUCAUGAAGAAAUGGUACACGCUUUCUGCACGAGCGAUUUAGUAACUCGUGGUAUAAUUAAACAAGUUGAACAUUCUGAUGAUUUGGAACAAUCAGCAUUAAAUGUUCGUGUCACAAAAUUAAUACGUCACAUACCAAACGGUUUAGAUGAAGAUGAAAAUGAUUAUCAUCGUAAAGAAAUUGUUACACAUACAUCAGGUCGUACAGCACGAUCUGUAAACAUUUAUGUGGCAUCACAUUGUGGCGUUAGCCAUGGUAGUGGUGAAUUUGUUUUCAUGGCACGUCGACGAUUAGGCGAUUUAACAAUGAAAUGUGCACCACGUCUUGAAGAUUGGAUGGAUACUAUACGAUUAAUGAAAGAUCAAGGAAAAGAACUUUGUGUUUUAAAUAGCUAGUAAAUUGGAAGGAUCAAUGAAAAUGGAUGAAGAAGAGCAAAUAAUUUACAAGAGCAAAAGAAAACAAACAAAAUUUAUUUAUUACUUAACGUUUUUUGUUUUGCAAAAUCUUGUAAACUAUUGUUGAAAAAUUAAUGUGAUUAUUUAAAAAAAAUCUUGCCAAAUUAUAGACUUUUGUAUAAUGUUUGCA